AUGUUCGCAUAAAUUGACCCAUUAAAGAUAUUAUAAAGGCCUGAUGAAAUAUUUAACCCUAUAGAUUUCGGUCUGAAAUACGACUAAUAAUUUAUUUAAGAAAUUGACAAAGAUUCGUCUUACAUUCAUUAAAUAAGCGAUAAUUCCCAAACUAUAGUUUAAUUAGAAGAACAUUUAAAAAAAAUCUACAAAAACACUGUAGGAGUUGAAUUUGAACACAUUUAAUGUUCAUCUGAAAAAUCUUGGCUGUACUACACCUUCGAAAAAUACCAAAUUACUCCCUUAACAACCUUAGAAAAAGUAAAUAUUCAUUAACUUUUAACCCAAACGGAAUCAUUAGACCAUUUCUUAAGCAAAAAGUUUUAAACAUUCAAAAGAUAUGCUGGAGAAGGCGCCGAAUCAGCCAUAAUAGGUCUCAAAGCUAUUUUUGCUAAGUCUAGUGAAUAAGAUAUAGAAGAUAUAGUCCUCGGUAUGCCCCAUAGAGGUCGUUUAAAUGUAUUAUGUAACCUCUUAGACUAUCCUGUAGCUGAUUUAUUCCGAAAAAUAACUGGCUAAGCCGACCUACCUUCUGAACUAUACAACUAUGUAGAUGAUGUAGUAUCCCAUAUAGCGACUUCUAGACAUUAAAAAACAUUCUCAGGAACAGGCUGUAAGGAAAAACCGAUAAACAUAAGUAUGUUACAUAAUCCUUCCCAUUUAGAAGCCAUAAAUCCUGUUUCUAUGGGAAAAACUAAGGCUAAAUAAGACUUUGGAAAUUCCACUUUAAACAUCUAAAUGCAUGGAGAUGCUGCUUUUUCGGCUUAAGGUGUAGUCUAUGAGGCCUUUUCUUUAAGUAAAGUGCCCAAAUUCACUGUAUAAGGUACCAUACAUAUCAUUGUGAAUAAUUAAAUAGGGUUCACAACUAGUCCUAUAGACGGAAGAAGUAGUUUCCAUUGUUCAGAAAUUGCGAAAUCGUUCGAUGCGCCAAUUUUACAUAUAAAUGCGGAUGAUCCAGAGAGUGUGCAUAAGAUGUGUAAAUUAGCAGUUGAAUAUAGAUAGAAAUUUAAAAAAGAUAUACUUUUAGAUAUUGUUAGUUAUAGAAGAUAUGGACAUAAUGAAGUCGAUGAACCAGAAUUUACAUAACCAGUAAUGUAUAAAUAAAUUAAAGGCAAAUAGAUGACUUGUCCUUAGAUUUAUAAUAAGUUAUUAAUAGAAUAAGGGGUAUUAAAAGAUGAUGUCUAUGAAAAAAUUAGAUAAAAAACAUUCUCAUAUUUAGAAUAAGAGUUUGAAAAAAUCUCUGAAAACUAAAAAACUAUAUCAAUAUAUAAAUCUAAUGAUAAUAAUUCUUCAUCUGCAUUUAAGUUUAAAUGGUAAAAUAUGGACUUUAGUAUUUUCGGAAAAGAACCAUCCGAAACAGGCUUUCCUUCAUCAAAAUUAAGAUAAUUAGCUGUCUAAAGUGUCACAAUUCCUCCUGAUUUUAAAGUACACCCUCGUUUAUAGAAAUUCUUUAUUGAAUCUAGACUUAAAGCAAUACAAUAAAAUUAAUUAGACUGGGCUACAUGUGAAGCUUUGGCUGCUUAGUCUUUAUUAGAUGAAGGUUUUAUGAUAAGAUUGACUGGUUAAGAUGUUGAAAGGGGUACUUUUUCACAAAGACAUUGGGUACUUACUGAUUAAAACACUCAUUAAACUUUCAACCCAAUUAAAAAUUAUGCCGAAACCCAAAACAAGGGAAAACUAUAUGUAUAUAACAGUCCUUUAAGUGAAAUUGGAGUACUUUCAUAUGAAUAUGGUUAUUCUUUAGAAUCGCCAUAAAUAUUAUCUCUUUGGGAAGCAUAAUUUGGAGAUUUUAAUAACUCAGCUUAAGUAGCAAUUGAUACUUUUUUGACUUGUUCGGAGCAUAAAUGGGCUAGAUAGUCUUCUUUGACUAUUAUUUUGCCUCAUGGAAUGGAUGGAGCAGGCCCAGAGCAUUCUAGUUGUAGAAUGGAGAGAUUCCUCUAAAUGAUAAAUAGUGAUGGAAGUAAUAGAAAUUUUAAGUUGAAAAAGCAUGAUAAUGGUAGAAAGGAAUUGAAAGUAUAUGAUUAGGUCUUUUAUGAAAACUAUUAAGAUAUUAACUUCUAAGUAAUUAAUCCAACAACUCCAGCAAAUUAUUUUCAUGCUUUAAGAAGAUAAAUGAAAAGAAAUUAUAGAAAACCAUUAGUUAUAGUAGGACCAAAAAUAUUAUUGAGACAUAAUAAUGCGAAAUCAACUUUUGAAGAUUUAGAUGUAAAUACAUGUUUCUAAUCUAUUUUGGUUAGACUUCCUGUUAAUUAAUAAACAAAACAUAUUCUUAUCACUAGUGGUAAAUUUUCUUAUGAUAUCUUAAAUUUAAUUAAUUAAGCUAAAUAAAGUGCGACUACAGCACUUAUUGUUAUUGAAGAACUUGCUCCUUUUCCAGAAGAAUAACUAAAAAAUAUUAUUUCUUAAGCUAAUGGAUAAAAUACAAAUGUUUACUGGGUUUAGGAUGAAUAAUUAAAUUCUGGUGCCUAUCUUUAUAGUGAACCUAGAAUUUCAAGAAUAAUAAAUGAACUUAAUUUUAAAAAUUAAAAUAUCUAAUAUGUAGGAAGAAAAAGCUCAGCAGUUACUGCGACAGGAAAAUCAAAAGGACAUUAAUAAGAAACAUAAGAAUUGCUAGAUUUAAUAAAAAGUUUAAUUAUUAUAUGA